UUGCAACUUCCCGGUUUCUCUUCUACGGCGUAACCUUGAAAUCUUCACGUGACCUUUGUUGCACGCUGAUAAAACUUGUCUUUUACACUUGCGCCUGUAGACCAGAGAUUGCAGACUGACGCAAAUGGCUGCUUCGGAAACUUGCAACCAGCACAUUGGCUAUAAAAGUCCACUGGCAGCUUAUAAUGAAGGACCCAGAGAGAAGCUGAUAUAUGUUACUUGUAUUUCUGCAAAAUGGCAAAUUACGCAAAAGCCAGAUCUCUUAGCGACAGUUGAUGUUGAUCCAGAAUCAAAGACAUAUUCACAGAUAAUCCACAGACUAGAAGUACCAAACCUCGGGGAGGAGCUUCAUCAUAUGGGAUGGAAUGCUUGCAGCAGCUGUCGAGACUGCAGCGUGCGUCGAAACAGAUUGAUUGUGCCCGGACUUAACUCAGACCGGAUUCAUAUUAUCGAUACAGGAACGGAUCCCAGAGCUCCUCGCAUAGAUAAAGUGAUUGAACCAAAUGAAUUGCACGAGAAAGCGAAAGCUGGCGCGCCGCAUACCGUACACUGUGUGCCGUGGGGUGACAUAAUGAUUAGUUGCAUGGGUGAUGAACAUGGAAAUGGAAAAGGUACAUUUGUGUUGUUGGAACAGGGUACCUUCAAAGUGAAAGGAACGUGGGAGGCUGAAGGUGACGCUGCAGAAUAUAAUUAUGAUUACUGGUACCAGCCGCGUCACAAUAUCAUGGUCAGUACAGAAUGGGCUGCACCUAAAACUUUCAGAAAGGGUUUUAGCCUCGAAGAUGUGCAAAAUGGUCUUUAUGGUCACAGCAUAACAUUUUGGAACUGGCGCGAAAGGAAGCCCUUCCAAAGACUGGAUCUUGGCGAGAAUGGUCAGAUACCUCUCGAAGUACGAUUUCUUCACAAUCCCGAAGCAAGCGUCGGGUUUGUAGGAUGUGCUUUGUCAUCCACCAUCUUCAGAUUCCAUCAAGAUGAAAAUAAAAGCUGGACUGCAGAAUGUGUCGCUAAAAUCCCGCCGAAAAAGGUGAAGAACUGGAUACUUCCCGAUAUGCCAGGAUUAAUCACGGAUAUCCUGAUAUCAUUAGAUGACCGAUAUUUAUAUAUCAGCAACUGGCUGCAUGGAGAUAUUAGACAAUACGAUAUAUCGGAUACGGAGAAUCCCCGCUGUGUUGGACAGAUAUUUUUGGGAGGCAGCAUCUGCAGUGAUGGAAAAGUUGAAGUUGUGGAAGAUAGUGAAUUGAAGGAACAACCUAAAAGGCCAACUGUAAGAGGUGUACCAGUUCGAGGAGGCCCUCAGAUGUUGCAGCUAAGUCUGGAUGGUAAACGACUAUACGUAACUAAUUCAUUGUUUCAGGCUUGGGAUGCUCAGUUUUAUCCAGAGAAUAUUGAAAAGGGUUCGAUGAUGCUUUUGGUGCAUGUAAACAGGGAACAUGGAGGGCUGAAGCUUGAUGAAGAUUUUCUGAUAGACUUUGGUACUGAAGGUUCUUACUUAGCGCACGAAAUGAGAUUUCCUGGUGGGGACUGUACAUCUGACAUUUGGGAAUAACUGCAAUUUGGUCUGCAUGAAGCAAGCCUUGUCAGCUGCAGUACUGAGCAACGGCACUUUUGCUUAAUAUUGAUUGAAAUUUUUAGUGUACUUUUCUGUCUUGAUUCGUUUGUUUGACUGUUCAAUUGUGUUUGUAAAAGAUUUUUUUUUGUAAACCUUUAAUGCUUCAACCUUGCAAUAAUUUCUCUAGGAAAUAAAUUCAAUGAAAUUUCAAAAAUA